AUGGUCGCCGCCUGCCUCCGCCUCCUCCGCCGCAUCCCUCAUCCCCUUCUCCAGCCCGCCGCAGCCACUCACUGCCUCUUCCCAGCCCCCGUUGCCAAGGCUGCUCUGGUCACGCAGUCGUGCCCAUCCGGCGCCGACCGCGUCGAAGGACCGUUCAGCACCCUCCGCCCCGGUUUUGCAAGUAAUGGUAACUUCAAACAUCAAUGGCAUCACAAGUUGGGUUCAUCAGUUGGUGCUGUAUUGAUUGGACACGCAGCCUUUUUUCUUGGUUUGAGCAACGGCUCUGCAUUUGCCCAGGAAGACUCAGUUAGCCCAGCUGCAGCUAGUGAGCAUGCUGAGGGAAAUGCUGCUGGUUUACAACGGAUUGAAGAUGGAUCAGUGGUCUCAAAUGAACACACGGUCAAAUGGAGAAUUUACACAGAUAAUGGGCGGGAGUUUUUCCAGAAAAGACAAUUGGAUGAGGCUGAGAAGUUAUUCCAGGCAGCCCUACUAGAAGCUAAGGAAGGAUUUGGACUUAGAGAUCCACAUGUCGCGUCAGCCCUUAACAAUCUGGCAGAGUUUUAUAGGUUAAAUAAAGAGUAUGAGAAAGCUGAACUACUAUAUUUGGAAGCAAUUGAGAUCCUGGAGGAAUCAUUUGGAUCUGAUGAUAUACGGGUUGGAACAGCUGUGCAUAGUCUUGGAAUAUGCUAUCAUCUUCAACUCAAGCUUGCUCAAGCCCAGACAUGUUAUGAGCGUGCUUUGAAGAUAAAAGGACGUGUUAUGGGGGUUGGUCACCAAGAGUAUGCAGGUACAAUGUACCUUCUAGCCAAGGUGCUCAGUCUACAAGGAAAAAGAAAAAAUGCAGAAUGCCUUGCUGAAGAGUCUAUUAGAAUACUUGAGGAAGCUGGGCUUGGCGAUUCACCAACAUGUAUACAAAGAAUGAAGUAUCUCUCUAGAGAGUUAAUAAAAUCGAAACGAUUUGCUGAAGCUGAAAUCUGGCAAAGGAAGAUAUUACAUGUUCUGGAGCUUUCAAAGGGAUGGGAUUCAUUGGACACUGCACAUGCAGCUGAACUCCUAAGUUUAAAUCUUGGAGCCAUGGAGAAGUUGAAGGAAUCAGAAGAGCUAUUGGAACGAUGCCUUGCAGUCAAGAAAAAGGUUCUACCUGAAGAUCAUCUUCAGGUAGCUCUUACAUUGGUACACUUGGCAAGGUUAACAUUGCAAAAAGUUUUAAAUGAUCUGGAGAAUGCAAACAGCGAUGUAACUGCAUAUUACCUUGCAAAGGCAAACCAGCUCAGCAAUGAUUCAAUCAGGAUCACAGAAGGAAAAUUAAAUUCUUCAAGAAAAGAUCAGAAUAAAAUUAACAGCACAUCAGCUACAGAUACAGAUAAGAUUGCAGCAACAGCUAUUCUUCUGCAAGCACUUAUUGUUAUUGGAUUCAUUGAUGUUACAGCGAAGUCUGUGCUAGGGCAAGGGAUGUCACAAUCAGAUGACAUAAUUGUUCGAAAGGAGCAAGAUUAUAGAUCUGUUGAAGAUGUUCUGCAUAAGUGUAUUUCACUUUACAAAGAGCCUCAUACACGAAGGUUAGUAAAAAAGGCUGUCAAGCAGGACUACAUGAUGUGCCUGAGGAAGCUCACCGUUAUGGUUCAACGGAUACAUCCGUUUCCACAGAUGACGGGGUUGCAGGAGUUGCUUGUUGAGGCCGGACAAAUUAUAGAAGAGUUAGCAGAAGAGAGUACUAGGAAGAAGUAA